UGAGACCAUAUCCCCUGAUCUAUAGCCAUUCCUCCUGGUGUCCUCUCGCUCUCACAGGACAAGACAAUGCGUGUCCCUCUCACAGGACAGCCGUGAAUCUGCUGUCAAACAACUUCCACAGGAUCUCAACUCUCAGACUGGACGUUAAAGACUGUGAGAAAGACUGUGAAGCGUGUCAGUGAGUCGUCGUCAUGUCUGCGCUCAAACUCCUCUGCUGUUUUCUGUUAAUGUUUCACUUCAGUGAGGCCAAGAAAAUCAGAGGAAACGCCGCAGUGGACUCACGUCAGAGGAGAGUGGUGAGGCUGAACUCGCCGCACGUCAGCAGCUCAGUGUUCAGGAUGUUUUUAGGAGGCGAGGACACCUGCACCCUGGACCCUCUGCAGCUGCACACGUUCACCUCCUGCGGCUUCAACAGCAGUAAUCCCCUCAUCAUCAUCACUCACGGGUGGUCGGUGGACGGGAUGCUGGAGAGCUGGGUGCUCAGGAUGGCGUCCGCUCUGAAGACAAACCUGAUCCAUGUGAACGUGGUGCUGACAGACUGGUUAAGCCUGGCUCAGCAGCACUACCCCAUGGCCGCACACAGCACCCGCACUGUGGGCAGAGACAUCGCACACCUGCUGCAGUCACUUCAGGAGAAGCUGCAGUUCUCAGCAUCAAAGGUUCAUCUGAUCGGCUACAGCUUGGGAGCUCAUAUUUCUGGAUUUGCUGGAAGUUUUCUGGAAGGUCCAGAAAAGAUUGGGAGAAUUACAGGUCUUGAUCCGGCGGGGCCACUCUUUGAAGGCAUGUCUCCCUCAGACCGACUUUCUCCUGACGACGCCGAGUUUGUGGACGCCAUCCACACGUUCACCCACGAGCGGAUGGGCCUCAGUGUGGGCAUCAAACAAACGGUGGCACAUUAUGACUUUUACCCCAACGGAGGAGACUUCCAGCCCGGAUGUGACCUGCACAACAUCUACGAGCACAUUGCUCAGUACGGGCUCCUCGGUUUCGAGCAGACAGUGAAGUGCGCUCACGAGAGAUCCGUCCAUCUGUUCAUGGACUCUCUGCUGAACAAAGACAAGCAGAUCAAGGCCUACAGCUGCAGCGACAACAGCGUCUUUGACAAAGGAGUGUGUCUGGACUGUCGCAGGAAUCGCUGCAACACGCUGGGCUACAACAUCAAGAAGGUUCGUGGUGGAAGAAGCAAGAGGCUCUACCUGAAAACACGCUCGCGGAUGCCUUACAAACUCUAUCAUUACCAGCUGAGGAUCCAGUUUGUCAACCACAUGGAGGGGAUUGAGCCCACACUCACCAUCUCCCUCACUGGAACCAGGGAGGAGAGUGGAAACCUCCGCAUCUCCUUCAAAGAGAAGAUCUUAGCAAACAGGACGCACACCUUCCUCAUCACCCUGGACAGAGACUUGGGGGAUCUGAUGCUGCUGAGGUUCCACUGGGAGCAGGAGGCUCUGUGGAAGAACAUGUGGACGCGCGUGCAGACCCUGAUGUCCUGGAGCAACCGCGACAGAAAACCACUGCUGACCGUCGGCAAGAUCAGCAUCAAAGCAGGAGAGACACAGGAGAGGACGUCUUUCUGUGCGAGGACAGAUGACGGACAGCACGUGGAGGUUUCACAGGAUACAGUGUACGUGCGCUGUGGAGAGGAAACACGGCGAGAGCGCACAAGAAAACACUGAACACACGUGACCUCAGUGUCUCUGCUGAAGACGUGCUCAGAGUUCAGGCUCGAAAACAACACACACACACACACACACAUCAGUGAUGAUGAUGUUAAAGAAUAAAUGAAGUUUUGAAAUUG